AUGGAGUGUGAUCAAGUUCAAGAGGCAGUAGGGGCUUUCGUGGUACCUGAGAGAUUUCCCCUUCAAAAAGCAAUGCCAGCGCCAAAGUGUAUGCAGGACGGAAGUGCUGCUGUGGCAGAAGAAAUGGAAGAAGUCAACUUGAGUGAUUAUCCCGCUUUAGGAGCGAAACCAGUGGUGCAGCCAAGAAGAAAUUACCAUCCCAAUGAUGAGCAGCAAAUCAAGCAAGAGGUUGAAAAACUCUUAGCCUCUGGUUUCAUCAAGCCAAUCAAGCACCCUACUUGGCUGGAAAAUAUUGUUCCUGUAAAGAAAAAGAACGGUCAGAUACGAGUUUGUGUUGACUUUAGGGAUUUGAAUAAGCAAGAUCCGGCCAUUGCAUCUCAUCCACCACCCUCAAGUCAGAAAGAAUUGAAGAGUUUCUUAGGAAGAUUGUCUUACAUAAGACGCUUCAUACCUGGUUUAGCUGCUGUAACCCAAGCGUUCACACCUCUGUUGAAAAAAGCGAACAAAUUUACGUGGAACGCUGAAUGCAAGGAGGCUUACUUGAAGGUUCAGCAGCUCAUCACCAAGCUCCCAACCAUGAAAGCACCAACUCCAGGCGUCCCCUUAAAAGUGUAUUUGGCCUCCACCAAUGCAGUAGUGGGAGCAUUAUUAGCACAGGAUGGUGAAGCUGGAGAAGAAUUUCCUAUUUACAAUGUGAGCAAGCUUUUGAGAGGGGCUGAAACACGCUACCCUAAGGCAGAAAGGCUUUGUUUAGCACUUGUCUAUGUAGCACAAAGAUUACGUCACUAUUUUUUGGCCCACAAGCUUCAACUUAUGGUAAAGACUGAUUUGGUCAGAUAUUUGCUGACGAAACCAGUGCUAUCAGGGCGGUUAGCAAGAGGGCUGCUCCAGUUGUCUGAGUUCGACAUUGUAUGUACGACACCAAGGGCUAUUAUGGGACAAGCCGUGAUCGACAUGAUCACCCUCUUCCCAGAAGAAGAAGGAUUUGAUGUUUCUCAUGACAUACUCAGAGAGUUACUUGGAAUGACAGCAGUGGUUGAAGAAGAGGAGCCUUGGACUCUUCACUUCGACGAGUCAGCCAUGGCUAAUGGAGGAGGAGCUAGAGUUGUACUCGUGGACCCUAAGGGACAUGCCAAACCCCUUUCGUUCAAACUAAACUUCUCAUGCACUAAUAAUGUGGCAGAAUAUGAAGCUUUUAUUGCUGGACUUGCAACUGCACAUGAAUUGAGAGUCAAGAAAAUCAGAGUGAUCGAGGAUUCAAACCUAGUCAUUAGCCAAUUGAAGGGAGAUUUUGCAGUGAAAGAAGUAACCUUGGCACCCUAUAGGACUUUGGCAGAAAAGUUAAUCAAGAAGUUUGAGCAGAUAACUCUUGAGCACAUUCCUGGCAGCACUAACAGAUAUGCAGACACUUUAGCUACCCUUGGUUCCAAGCUUUCAUUCACAAGGGAGCAACCCAACAUCACUGUAAUCCAAAACAACAAGCCAUGUGUAGAAGCUAUGAUUUUCUCAAACCCAUCAAGUGAGAAAGAUUGGCGGGAAUUUGUCAAGGACGAGAUGGCUCAGUUGGACAAGGAAGAUAGACUCAGAACACUGGGAGACUAUAGUUUGAUAUUUGGAGAGUUGUACAAGCGUCUUCCAGGAGGAGUAUUAGCCCGCUGUGUAGAUGAAAAAGAAGCUCAGAGGAGAUUGCAAGAAGUACAUGAGGCCACUUGUGGGGUUGAGCAGGUGGUCAGCUUAUACCGGAGGUUGCAACGUAGAGGUUAUUACUGGCCAGACAUGAAGAAACAAGCAGCGGAGACGCAACUCUCAUGUUCUAAGUGCUCCUCAACUUUGUCAGAGCAGGAAGGAUUUACAGCAGCAAUUACUGAAGAUUGGAGGUCACCAUACUUGGAAUACCUCAUAAGUAAAACACUACCGGAAAAUCGUAAGCAUGCAUACAAGGUCAAGAAGAUGGUGAAAAGGUAUUUUGUGGAUGGGAGCACGCUGUAUAGAAAAUGA